AACAAAAUUGUAGAAGAGUAUAACUUUGAUCGUAAUCACUAUAUAUACAGACUCUUGAAAAGUAGAACAAUAAAGCAUUAAUUUGAAAUGGAAUUAGAUGAAAGGACCAAAAUAAGAGAACAAAUAUCUAAUCUUAGUUUUGAAGCACUUCUGAAAUUAAAAGAACAAGUUGGUUCAAAAACGUUUAGUAAAACAGUAUAUGGUAGUUCAUGUACAAAAAAGUCUAAUUUUAAAAGAGCUAAUAAAAAUAGACCAAGGGAAGUAAGUUCUAAGAUAAGACCACAAAAAUUGAAGUUGGAGAAUAAUAUACAGAUUAAAAAGAAACCAAUUCCAAGGGAUCCACGUUUUGAUCCCUUAUGUGGGGAAUUUGAAGACAAAAUCUUCAAAGAGAAUUAUAGUUUCAUAAAAGAUAUACGGUUAAAUGAGAAAAGACAGCUUGAAGAGGAACUAAAGACAUGUGUCAAUCCUAAGAGAAAAGAAAUAAUUAGAAAAUUAUUACAAAGAAUGAAUAACCAAUUAUUAGAACAGGAGAGACAAGAAAAAGAGAAAUGUAAGAAGAUUCAAAAGAAAUCUGAAAUCAAAGAAAAACUUAGAAAUGGAGAAAAACCACUUUUUAAAAAGAAAUCUGUGGAAAAGCUGGAGAACGCGAUUGAAAAAUAUGAGGAACUGAAAAAAUCAAAUAAGUUACAAAAACAUAUUGAAAAGAAAUCUAAAAAACUUUCAAGUAAGGAAAGAAGGAUAAUGGAAAAAUCAAAUUCCUAAACCUUUUACGUUAGUGCCCAAAUGACCUCUUUCCACGUUUUACAAAGAUACUGCAUGGAAGAUUGACGAAUAUAAUAUACUAAUAUCAAUAUAAUUUAGUUAACUGAAUGUCGAUUUUUACAAAAUUUACCAUUUAAUUUUUAGCACAUCUGUCUGAUUAAAAUUGGUACAUUGAUAGAGAAAUUAUAGUUAAAAAUAUUAAUAAAAGCUUAAAUUUCAAUAUUUUCAAAAAA